UCGCUGGUUUACGGCAGGCGCUUCAUCGGGAGUGGCGGAGACAGGAGCAGAUUUGCCAGCAUGGCGUUUACAUUGUACACUCUGAUCCAAACCGCUAUUCUCUGCACUAAUGCUAUCGCCGUCCUGCACGAGGAGAGGUUUCUCAGUAAGAUCGGCUGGGGAGUGGACCAGGGAGUCGGAGGAUUUGGGGAUGACCCGGGAGUCAAAGCCCAAGUCCUGAAUCUAAUCCGCUCUGUCCGGACUGUCAUGAGAGUGCCUCUAAUUAUAGUGAAUUCUGUAUCCAUCGUUCUCUUGCUGCUGUUUGGUUGACAGCAGUACAAAAUGGAAGAUCUUAUUACCCAAGACAGCUGUCCAUUCGAUUACCUCAUGGAGCUAUGAACUUUGUGGGCACAAUACUGCACAUCUGUACCUAACGAACUAUGAAAUGUAUUUUGGACACUCUGGACUCUUGCUGUUGUCUUAGAAAUAAGAGUGAAAGAGUGAAAAGGGAACAAGAGUGUCUCACAGAACGGCUUAUUAUCCAGAUUUUGAAGGCAAACAUCGGAGUGACACAGUUAUGGAAAUGAGCAAUACUGUCAUACAUUUCCACAGUAUUUUACCUGUUUUGUUUUAUUUUUAUAACCAAAAUUAAACAUGUUUACAUUUAA